AUUUGUCCCUGUGUUUUCUAGAUCAAUGUCCGAGUCACCACCAUGGACGCGGAGCUGGAGUUCGCCAUCCAGCCGAACACCACAGGAAAGCAGCUUUUUGAUCAGGUGGUGAAGACCAUCGGCCUGCGGGAAGUGUGGUACUUCGGCCUCCAGUACGUAGAUAAUAAAGGAUUUCCUACCUGGUUGAAACUUGAUAAAAAGGUGUCAGCCCAGGAGGUCAGGAAGGAGAACCCCCUGCAGUUCAAGUUCAGGGCCAAGUUCUACCCUGAGGACGUGCCUGAGGAGCUCAUCCAGGACAUCACGCAGAAGCUCUUCUUCCUCCAAGUGAAGGAGGGCAUUCUGAGCGAUGAGAUCUACUGCCCUCCCGAGACCGCGGUGCUCCUCGGCUCCUACGCCGUGCAGGCCAAGUUUGGAGACUACAACAAAGAGCUGCACAAGUCCGGGUACCUCAGCUCCGAGCGGCUGAUCCCCCAGAGAGUCAUGGACCAGCACAAGCUCACCAGGGACCAGUGGGAGGACCGGAUCCAGGUGUGGCAUGCGGAGCACCGCGGGAUGCUCAAAGACAGCGCCAUGCUGGAGUACUUGAAGAUCGCCCAGGACCUGGAAAUGUACGGGAUCAACUAUUUUGAGAUAAAAAAUAAGAAAGGAACAGACCUGUGGCUUGGAGUGGAUGCCCUGGGACUCAAUAUUUACGAGAAAGAUGAUAAGUUGACCCCAAAGAUCGGCUUCCCGUGGAGUGAGAUCAGGAACAUCUCCUUCAAUGACAAGAAGUUUGUCAUCAAGCCCAUCGACAAGAAGGCGCCUGACUUCGUCUUCUACGCCCCCCGCCUGCGCAUCAACAAGCGGAUCCUGCAGCUCUGCAUGGGGAACCACGAGCUGUACAUGCGCCGCAGGAAGCCCGACACCAUCGAGGUGCAGCAGAUGAAGGCCCAGGCCCGCGAGGAGAAGCACCAGAAGCAGCUGGAGCGGCAGCAGCUGGAAACGGAGAAGAAGAGGCGAGAGACCGUGGAGAGAGAGAAGGAGCAGAUGAUGCGGGAGAAGGAGGAGCUGAUGCUCAGGCUCCAGGACUACGAGCAGAAGACCAAGAAGGCCGAGAAAGAGCUCUCGGACCAGAUCCAGAGGGCCCUGCAGCUGGAGGAGGAGCGGAAGCGGCAGCAGGAGGAGGCGGAGCGCCUGGAGGCCGACCGCAUGGCUGCGCUGCGCGCCAAGGAGGAGCUGGAGAGGCAGACAGUGGAUCAGAUAAAGAGCCAGGAGCAGCUGGGCCCCGCAGAGAGGUCAGUGAAUUGCAGCCAUGGUAGCGCCACUCCGUCCACCUUCAUGCCACCAGGAGCACAGGCCCUGGGCGCUGCGGGGCUGGGGCACAACGUGCUCACUGUCGAUUCGCUCUCCAAGGCCAAGAGAGCCCAGGAUGGCCUGGUGAAGACCAAGGAGGAGCUGCAGCUGGUGAUGACGGCGCCGCCGCCCCCGCCGCCCCCUGUGUACGAGCCGGUGGCCUAUCACGUCCGCGAGAACCUGCAGGAGGAGGGCGCGGAGGACUCGGGCUACAGCGCCGAGCUGUCCAGCGAGGGCAUCCUGGACGACCGCCACGAGGAGAAGCGGGUCACCGAGGCCGAGAAGAACCUGCGCGUGCAGCAGCAGCUGAUGACUCUGUCCAGCGAGCUGUCCCAGGCCAGAGACGAGAACAAGAGGACCCACAACGACAUCAUCCACAACGAGAACAUGAGGCAAGGCCGCGACAAGUACAAGACGCUGCGGCAGAUCCGGCAGGGCAACACCAAGCAGCGCAUCGACGAGUUCGAGGCCAUGUGAGGCCGCGGCACUGCAGGCCGGCCUGCGCCUGGGCCCUGCGGUCGCACGCAGACUGAAACUCUUAUUCGUAGUUCUCUGAUCUAGACCCUCCUCGUACCCAGUUCCUUAAAGAGAGUAGCUGUUCCAGCGGAACGUUCCGGGGCUGGGGUGGGAGGCUUCCCUGGUUACUUCCCAUUUGUAUCAUAGUGCCAAACGGCCUGAUUUUUACUGUUGUUAUUAUUGAAUCAUUUCCUGUCUGUGCUGGGGGCAGGGCCGAUCGAAUCAAGGAAAGGGCCACUGCACGCCUGAGGGGCAGCUCCGCUGGCGUGUGAGAGCCGUGUCAUUACAGCACCCUCUGCGGCUCCAGUCCGUGCCAUAUUCCGUCUGUAUUUGAAAUUAGCCCAGAUUGAUUGAUUGUACUUGAUUUCUGUGAAGGAUGCAUCUCUGUAUUUAUGUUUUUGAGGCUUGAAAACUGGUCAAAAGCACUCACACACAUGCACACAGUGACUUCCUCUCUCGGGCAGCAGCGUCCUCGCUCAUUCCGGAUAAACAGCACAGGAGGACACACGCUUAGAUAAGCUCCUGGUUUUAACAGUUGGAGGCUCCAUGGUUGGGCUCACACACCUGAUUAAUAAUGAUCAGCUAUAGAAUAUAAUAUUUAUAUAUAAGCAAUAAUAUGGGUUUGUAACAUUAGUUAAAAAGGGAAAACCUUGUUCUGUAUAUUUUGUUACCUUUUACAGAAUAAUAAAGAACAUGAAAGCCA